ACGCUGGAGGUUUAUCGUGGUAGCUGAAGCAAACCUGGUUCGUGGAAAAUGGGGGAGGAGAAGAAGGCUUCAUCACCACCUUCUAGUGUUUGGCCGAGCAUUAAGCCCUUCGUUAAUGGCGGUGCCUCCGGUAUGCUUGCUACCUGCGUCAUCCAGCCCAUCGAUAUGAUCAAGGUGAGGAUUCAACUGGGGCAGGGAUCAGCUGGCACUGUGACCAGGACAAUGCUUCAGAACGAGGGUGUUGUCGCCUUUUACAAGGGGCUAUCUGCUGGUUUGCUCAGGCAGGCUACAUAUACUACUGCCCGGCUUGGAUCGUUCAAGAUGUUGACCAACAAAGCAAUUGAAGCCAAUGAGGGAAAGCCAUUGCCUUUAUAUCAGAAGGCUUUGUGUGGGCUAACAGCUGGUGCUAUUGGGGCAAGUGUUGGUAGUCCAGCUGAUUUGGCUCUUAUCCGUAUGCAAGCUGAUGCCACUUUACCUGUCGCUCAGCGUCGAAAUUACUCAAAUGCCUUCCAUGCCCUCUAUAAGAUUGUUGCAGAUGAAGGGGUUUUGGCACUAUGGAAAGGUGCAGGCCCUACUGUGGUGAGAGCAAUGGCAUUGAACAUGGGAAUGCUUGCUUCUUAUGAUCAAAGUGUUGAGUUUUUCAAGGAUUCUCUUGGUUUUGGUGAGGCUACUACAGUGAUAGGUGCAAGUGCUGUUUCGGGAUUCUUUGCUUCUGCGUGCAGUUUACCCUUUGAUUAUGUCAAAACCCAAAUACAAAAAAUGCAACCUGAUGCAGAGGGAAAGUUUCCAUACAGUGGAUCUUUGGACUGUGCAAUGAAAACCCUCAAAUCUGGAGGACCAUUCAAGUUUUACACAGGAUUCCCUGUAUAUUGUGUUAGAAUUGCUCCCCAUGUUAUGAUGACAUGGAUUUUCCUCAACCAGAUCCAGAAACUGGAGAAAAAGGUUGGCUUGUAGGGUCCUGUGGCUGUGAAGGUUUCGAGUGGAGACAAGCGAUAAAUAAAAUGACAGGAUUUUUUUUGUUGUGUUAUUGCUUUUGGCUGGUUUUUGGUGAUUCGCACCCUCAUAAAUCCCAACUUUUUAGUCAACAAUUUUUUGAGUAGGAUUUUACAGAUAAUCAUAUUUCUAUUAUUUAUGGUUUUAGGGUGUGACUGAAGUAGGGCAUAGAAAAAUCCCUUUCAAAUUUGAGAAAGACUUCAUUGGAAAGGUUCUGAGAAAAGACAACAUAAAUUAGAAUAAGAAUGUACUCAUUUUGCAUCAAGUCUUAGAAUCCCGGAUUAUUGGCCCCGAGUAGGGUGACAGCGAAUUGGAUACUUUCAAUUUCCAUACUUCAUAUUAUUCAGUUGGCUCUGAAACUACAUUUUGAACUCA